AUGAAGUCAGUUAUCUUAUUGGCCCUUGUCGCCUUCGCCGCGGCGGUACCUAUGAGGGAAACCCACGAAGUAUCUACGUACCAGUACCUUCCGGAAGCUAGAUUCUACCAGCAAGGUAAUGCCUACAGCUACCAUGUACCCCAAUUUAUUGCCUACCAAUUCCAUCAAGCCCAACAACUUGGUUACACUCCAAUUCAAGUACAGAAUUACCUUUUGGAACAUGGUUUCCCUAGGUUUGUUGCCGAAUACCUUUCUCAACAAUACGGACUAGGUUUGAACCAGACCUACUUCCAAUCUCCCUAUGAAAUUUACCAAUACUAUUACAAACUAACCGACAUGCCUCAAGAAGUCAAACAAUACAUUUUGCAACAAGUUGAAUCUCGUGUGUCUCAACCGUUCCACCAAUACUUCCUGGAACAAGGCAAAAUGAACUUCAGCUAUGUUCAAGCUAGAUUCAUCUACCAGCAAUUGUUGGAAGCUCAACAGUACAUCCAACGUGCUCUGCAAUACUACAAACAAGAAAACAUGAGCUUUGAAACCCAGAUUUACGAACAAUUGCAACAAGUGUUGGCUUACAUCGAAAAAGCUAUGGUAGUCUACAGGACCUUCGAAAAUGUUGAACAAUACCAAAUUCCUUACUACGUAGCUCAAUACUAUGUAAUGCAAAUGAAACAAGCUUACCAAUACUUCCAAACUGUUUACCAAUUCAUUGGACAUCAACAAACCCUUCCCCAAUAUUUUGUUCAACAAUUGCAAUACGCUUACAUGAGCUUCCAAAAGGCUUACCAAUACCAAUAUUUGGGAGGCAACCAAUUCCAAUACUAUGGAUCCAGCCAACAACAAUACUACAAACAAAUCAUCGAAUACAUCGAAAAUAUCCAACAAUACAUUCAAGCCCAUCCUCAAGCCGACUACUACUACAUUUCCCAGCAAUUGAACUUCGCCUACAGAUACUUCCAAACCGCUUACCAAUUCUGGCAAAAGGGCUACAUGGCUCAACCAAUGGCUCAAUACGCCGAAAAACAACUCCAACAAGCUUACCAAUACUUGAACAACGCUUACUUGUACGCCCAAAGAGAAGAAUCCAAUACCAAGGAUUCACCAACCAAUACCAAUAUGGACCAUACAGCCAAGGAUACGAAUACGGACCAUACAGCCAAGGAUUCGAAUACGGACCAUACAGCCAUGGAUACCAAUACGGACCAUACACCCAUGGAUACCAAUACGGACCAUACACCCAUGGAUACCAAUAUGGACCAUACAGCCAAUCUUACAACCAAGUUUCUGGAUACACACAACUGGGAUACCAAAGCUACAAACCUUCUUAUGAAUACAUGCCAACUGAGAACUUCUACCAAACUGACAAACUCGCCAGCUACACUCCUUACCAAUAUGGAAAGUUCCCAUUUUACGGUACCUAUGAGCAGACUUUUGCUACUGUCCAAACCGGGUGAAGUUGAACAAGCUGUAAAAGAUGCCAUUGACAUCGGCUACCGUCACAUUGACUGUGCUUUCGCCUACGGCAACGAAAACGAAGUAGGUGCCGCUUUGCGGGCCAAAUUUGCCGAUGGUACUGUCAAAAGGGAAGAUCUUUGGAUUACCAGUAAAUUAUGGAACACUUAUCACAGACCAGACCUCGUUGAGGUAAACAUUAAAAAGUCUUUGAGCGGUUUGGGUCUAGAUUAUUUGGACCUUUACCUUAUCCAUUGGCCAACUGGAUACAAGGAAGGUGGUGAAAAUAUGCCCAAAGACGAAGCAGGCAACAUCAUUUUCAGCGACGUCGAUUAUUUGGACACCUGGAAAGCCAUGGAAGAAUUGGUCAGAAAAGACCUGACCAAAUCUAUUGGUUUUUCCAACUUCAAUAAAGCACAAAUCACUAGGAUUUUGGAAAACUGUACAAUUCAACCCGCCGUGCUGCAAAUUGAAUGCCAUCCCUACUUGAACCAAAGCAGACUUAUCCAGUUUGCCAAAUCUAAGGGCCUUGCAAUCACCGCUUACAGUCCUUUGGGUUCUCCGGAUAGGCCUUGGGCUCAGCCCGGCGAUCCGCAACUGAUGGAAGAUCCAAAACUGGUCGAUUUGGCUAAAAAAUACAAUAAAACUCCCGCGCAAAUUUUGCUUAGGUAUCAGCUAGACAGAGAAGUGAUUACGAUUCCCAAGUCCGUGACCAAAUCCAGGAUUCAGCAAAACUUUGACAUAUUCGAUUUUAAGUUGGCCCCAGAGGAUAUUGCUUAUUUGGAUGGAUUCGAUGUUAAUGGAAGAUUGUGCCCUUUAGCAGCUGGUUACGGGCACAAAUAUCACCCCUUCGAGCACGAUGAAAUUUAAGCUUUGUGAAUUUUUUUUUGAAAUAAAGUUUAUUUUAUGCUAGAAGA